UCAUUGAUUCUUCAGUGUUGGUGACGUAAAAUCUUAUGAUCAUCGAUUUCGGAGUAGGAGAAGUUUAUCAUAAUUUAUCAAAGAUAUGCACUGAAAUAAAUCAGGAGGACGUCUGAAAGGCAUUUAAUAGGAGAGGAGAGUUUUAACCUGCAACAAUGGGGUCCCUGUUUAGGAGUGAGGAAAUGACUCUAUGUCAGUUGUUUCUUCAGUCAGAGGCUGCCUAUGCUUGUGUAUCAGAGCUGGGGGAAUUAGGACUUGUGCAGUUUAGAGAUUUAAACCCAGAUGUGAAUGCGUUUCAAAGAAAGUUUGUGAAUGAAGUAAGACGAUGUGAUGAAAUGGAGAGAAAAUUACGAUUCUUGGAGAAGGAGAUAAAGAAGGACGGGAUCCCGAUGCUGGACACGGGGGAUAAUCCAGAUGCUCCUGUACCCAGAGAAAUGAUUGACCUCGAGGCCACAUUUGAGAAACUGGAAAAUGAAAUGAAGGAGGUCAAUGGGAACACAGAGGCACUGAAGCGUAACUACUUAGAGCUCACUGAACUGAAGCACAUUCUGAGGAAGACUCAAACUUUCUUUGAGGAGGCUGAAAUUCAUCAUGUUCAGGCCAUGCAUGACCCAAGUCUUACGGAGGAGAACUUUGGACUUCUUGGUGAGGAAUCCCAACGCUCGGGGCAAGCCCUCAGAUUGGGAUUUGUGGCAGGAGUGAUAGUCAGAGAGAAGAUUCCAGCAUUUGAGAGGAUGUUGUGGAGGGUUUGUAGGGGGAAUGUCUUCCUCAGGCAGGCAGAGAUUGACACCCCAUUGGAAGACCCUGUUACGGGUGACCAGGUCAACAAAUCUGUUUUCAUCAUCUUCUUUCAAGGGGAACAACUCAAGUCAAGGGUCAAAAAGAUAUGCGAGGGAUUUAGAGCCACCCUGUAUCCCUGUCCAGAGACUCCAGCUGAGAGAAGAGAAAUGGCAAUAGGGGUCAUGACCAGGAUUGAAGAUUUAAAUACCGUUCUUGGUCAGACACAGGAUCACCGACAUCGUGUGUUGGUGGCCGCAGCUCGGAACAUAAAGAUCUGGUUCAUCAAGGUGAGAAAAAUCAAGGCCAUCUACCACACACUCAACAUGCUCAACCUGGACGUGACUCAGAAAUGUCUGAUUGCAGAGUGCUGGUGUCCCGUGCAAGAUCUGGACAGAAUUCAGCAGGCACUUAGGAGAGGCACAGAAAGAAGUGGGAGUUCUGUUCCAUCCAUUUUGAAUCGCAUGAAAACAAAAGAAGUUCCACCCACAUAUAACCGUAAUAAUAAAUUCACACAAGGAUUUCAGAAUAUAAUUGAUGCUUAUGGGAUUUCCACGUAUCAGGAAGUCAACCCAGCUCCUUGGGCUAUAAUUUCCUUUCCUUUCUUGUUUGCUGUGAUGUUUGGAGAUUUUGGUCAUGGUUUUAUUAUGUUUUUGGUUGCUCUUUACCUUGUCACUAGAGAAAAGCAGCUUCAGGCAAUGAAGAUAAACAAUGAGAUUUUUGACAUGUUCUUUGGAGGGCGAUACAUCAUUCUGUUGAUGGGUCUGUUUUCUAUGUAUACUGGACUGAUCUAUAAUGAUGUCUUCUCUAAAUCACUGAAAUUGUUUGACUCAUCCUGGGACCCACAUGAUCCUCAGACAUUUAAACCCUAUGUAGCUGACACCCUGAAGGGGUCUACCUCUCUACAGUUAGACCCUAAUGCCUCCUUCCCUAAAGGCGGACCCUAUCCAUUUGGACUGGACCCUGUAUGGGCCCUAUCCACCAACAAGAUUACAGCUCUGAAUUCCUUCAAAAUGAAGAUUUCUGUCAUUUUUGGUAUCUGUCAGAUGUUUCUGGGAGUUAUGUUAAGCAUAGUUAAUCACAGAUUUUUCAAAAGGAAAGUGAACAUUUACUUUGAGUUCAUUCCACAAGUUAUAUUUUUGGCAGCCAUAUUUGGUUACCUUGUAGUGGAGAUAUUUGUUAAGUGGAUAAUAUUCACGUGGAGAGAUGCAGGGACUGCACCUAAUUUACUUAUAGGGCUUAUUCAGAUGUUCCUUUUCCAAAGUGACCCUAAAAACCUGUGGUAUAGUGGCCAGGUGGGAUUCCAGACUUUCCUAGUCAUUCUGGCCGUUAUCUGUAUACCCUGGAUGUUACUGAUCAAGCCAUUCUAUCUCAGACAUCAGCAGAAAUUUGGACAGUAUCAGUACCAGGAAGUGCCGACUGGUAAUCUUCUGGACGACAGCGAUGGUGAGGAGGUCGUCUACCACAGUGACUCGGAGAGGUCACAUUAUGACCCUGAACCAGAGGAAUUUAACUUUGGAGAUGUGUUCACCCAUCAGUGUAUACACACAAUAGAAUACUGUCUGGGCUGUGUCUCACAUACAGCUUCCUACCUGCGUCUCUGGGCGCUCAGUCUGGCUCAUGCUCAGCUGUCAGAGGUUCUGUGGAAUAUGGUGAUGAGAAUAGCUCUACAGAUUGAGGGAAUUGCCGGGGCAUUUGUUUUGGCGGGGGUCUUUGCUUUCUGGGCCUGUGCGACUGUUAUUGUGUUGAUUCUGAUGGAGGGUCUCUCUGCAUUUCUUCACACACUACGUCUUCACUGGGUGGAGUUUAACUCUAAAUUUUACGAUGGACAGGGUUACAAGUUCCAUCCAUUCUCCUUCGAGGAUUUGUCAGAGUAUAGCAUUGAGGACUAAAAUGCUCUACCAUCCUCUGACUGAGCAGACAUCUCCACAUAUUGUUAUACUAACACUACUCUCAGAGAUUGAUUAGAGAGAGUAGCCUCCCUUCUCUAUAGUCAUUGAUUGGAGAGAGUAGCCUCCCUUCUCUAUGGUCAUUGAUUGGAGAGAGUAGCCUCCCUUCUCUAUAGUCAUGAAGUUUGAUUAGAGGGAGUAAUCUCCCUUCUCUGUAAUCAGUUUUAUGAGUGUUAGAUAUUGUUAAUGCUGUGUAGGUGUGUUUUAUUUAUUGUGUUAUGAGAUGAUUUCUAAAGCAUAAUACACUGUGUGUAUCAGUUCAUUAGCUUUAAAUUUGGUGACUGAAAGAGAAAUCCAAAGGUAUACAGUAAUUUUUCAUCUGCAAAGCUGUAAGGACUUGAUCUGUCACCAGAAUGUAACUGUCUAAGAAGGCACCCUUCAGUACCAUUGUAAUUUAUUCAUUGUUUAGGCUUAUAAUUGUGUUAAGACUCAAACUUACUUGGAGAGUGGUGUUAAACUGUUUGUUAUAUGCUACAGUUUUGUUAAUUCUGAGGCUGAUUGAGUUGAAUGUUUAUCUGAGGCGAUUUUUUCCUGAUUGACAGCCUGAUGUUUACAGCAGCUGUUUUUAUCACUACAUAUCAUUUUUCCCAAUCUCUGUGUUUGGUUUGGAUUAUGUUUUCUAUGUAUUUCUAUAUUAUCACUGAUUUUGUUUUUGUUAGAGUGUUCUGAGAAAUUCGCAGCUGAAUUUGGCAGUGAAUAUUUCCUAGUUUUUCUCAUUUUUAAUAAAACUGCAUUAGUAAAGUACAAUAAAAUAAUACAUGAGCACUGAUUAAUUGAUGUUCCAGGUUAUAAGAAUUUUCAUUCCUUUUCUUUUCAAAAUGUGUCAUAAUAGGUUUUGUGUAAAAUGUUGUUGAAGUCCUUAAUAAAUGAGAAAAUUUAA